UUCACUAUCUAUCGUCUACUAUCUGUUUGUCUUGCCAGUCUUCCAUUAUCUUUUCGAUCUCGUCUCGUCUCAUCUCUCGACUUCACCUACUCGUCUCGACUUUCAACUCACCUUUCUCAUUCUCUUCAGCUAGUUCUGAAAGAUAGGAUCUUGAUCAACCGGUUGAUUCACUAUCCAAGAAUCACUUCACCCUCUUCGCAUCCUACACAAGGAAUUUCAGUUCUUGGUUAUUCUACUCUCGGCUAUUUCAGCAUCAAUUCUCGCUCACAACAAACCAAAAUAACGCCAACCUUCAAUCCCAGAUAUCAGCACAAAGACCUCAGAUCUCUCCACAUCAAUCCAAAUUCAAGAUGCCUUCUCUACGUGCCAUUUGCGUGGGACUCCUCCUCACACCUCUUCUCCAACUUUCGUCUGGUGCUCCAGCCGCUCCAGCUCCGGAUUGUCCUCUGCCAGGUCAAGCACCAGCUCUUCCCUCCACUGGUAACGCAGUCGAACUCCCAGCUCCAACUCUCGCCCUCAAAUACGUAGCCAUCGGCCGCGGUGUUCAAAACUACACAUGCGCAAGAGCCACUUCGCCCCCUGUUGCCAUUGGAGCCAUCGCAACGCUCUAUGAUGCCACCUUCCUCGCCUACAGCUCCACCACGGCCUUGCACGCCAUCCCUCCCAUGGCCGUCAUGAUUCCUCAGCCAAAAGGCAGCGCCUCCAUCAAAGUCGCCAACAGCGUCCUCGAGCCACUUGGAAACCACUACUUCGAUGCCUCCGGCACGCCUGUCUUCGACCUCACCGCCGUCAAGAAGAGCUUGUUUGCUGCCAAGGCUGCGAACACCACUGCGCCGGCUAAUGCCAGCAAGGGACCUGGUGGACAGGGUGCCGUCGACUGGCUGUAUCUGACUUCCAAGAAGGGAUACACUAGUGUUGGAUUGGGCGCUGUGUACAGAGUCGUUACUGCUGGUGGAAAGGCCGUUUGCACUCAACCAGGCCCACAGAGUGUGCAGUAUGCCGCUGAGUACUGGUUCUACGGUUAAGUCGUCAACUACCUGUGGAUUAAUGUGAGGAGUAGAAUGUGGGAGGAAGCAAAUAAGGAGCAACAAUAUGUCCAGAAAUAUCAAGAUCUCAGGGUGCCUUGGACGGACGGAACAGUAUCAACAUGAUAUACACGACAAAAAGGUUCUUUCGUGUCAGCACGAUUAUGGGAGAAAAAUGGAGGGGAAAAAAAAACAAGAGUUGUUUAAGGACGAGAGAGUUGAUUCAUGUACAUACUUCAGAGCCUGAGCUUCAUUUGCUUGCUUGCUCGUGCGCUGCGCGAUGAUCUGCCUUUUGCAAUUGUAUUGCGAAAUAUACCAAUGUUUUUCCGUUGCGUGGAAUGCAGGCCGGUGAUUAUAUAGAGAGGAUUGCAAAGCAAAAUAUCAUGCGUACUUUUUUCAAAG